CAGCAGAUUACCAAAAAUGGGCUCUCCAACACCAGUCAACGUACUCGAACAGCGUCGCCACGGACUGACGAACAUUUUCUUCGUCAGUCACGCCGUGGUUGCCAUUAUGGCCACUGAGGGAGGACAAUACAUUUCAUUCUCCGGAGUCAUCUCCUCUACUCAUUGGACCACAUACGUACAUUACGACCAUUGCCACAGCGAGCAGAGACUUGCUCUCGCCAACGUGGCAAACGCCACCGAUUCGCCCUUCCACACUCUCGCUACAGCCGGAAGCAACAGUUGCACAUAUCAACGACCACCGCCAAGCGACCAGGGUCUUCCUCUCGCCAACGUGCCCAACGCCAUCAAUUCGCCUUUCCACACCCUCGCUACAGCCGGAAGCAAGAGCCGCCUGUGAGAGACGACCACGGCCAUAGCAAGCAGGGUCUUCAUCCCACCAAAGUGUCAAACGCCAUCAACUCGAUCCAUACGUGCAGCCCAUGGCCAAGAAGCCGGUCGCCGAGUCAUACGAUGAAGGAGAUGAGAAU